AUGCAUUGGUUACUGUGUUUUGGUGUCGUUCUGUGCCUUGUUUUUCCUUCAAAAGUCACAUCCGCCAAAAGAUUUGAUGCGUCUAAUUGCGAAGUAUGUAUGAAAUUUUUGGGAUCCUUCAUCGAAUCACUACAACCCAGUGAUCGAGAAACUUCAGAAAAAAUCAAGGAAGCUUUCAUGAAAAAGUGUUCAACAUCAGUGGGGAAGGAUAAUGAUUUUUGCUAUCAUGUUGGGGGCUUGAAGACGUCAGCGGCAAGUACACUUAAUCGUCUAGUGGAUCCAAUUAAAUGGCAGAUGCCUGUAGAAAAGGUGUGCCAAAAACUAUUUGAACUUGACUCCCAGAUUUGCGACUUAAGAUAUGAGAAAGUUAUCGACCUUAAGGAGUUCGAUUUCAAGAAGUCAAAAGUCAGAGAUUUAAAGAAGAUAAUAGAAAAGUGGGGAUUGGAAUGUCGAGGUUGUUCAGAGAAGAGUGACUUUAUUCAACUCAUCAAGAGCAAUAUUCACAAAUAUGAUUCUGAUGCUGCAACUUAUUUGGAAGCAAGAAACGAACUUUGA